AUCGUAUUGGCAGUGUAUAAGAUGAUGUCAGAGACUGAAUCUUUAGUUGACGUUACAAUACCGCAAGAUGCCAAGCUAACUGUAUGUGGCGAUAUCCAUGGUCAAUAUUAUGACUUAUUGAACAUAUUUACCAUCAACGGGCUUCCUUCAGAGAAUAAUAUGUAUCUUUUCAAUGGUGACUUUGUUGACCGCGGCUCUUUCAGUGUCGAGUGCAUUCUAACUCUGUUUGCGUACAAAUGGUUGUAUCCGAAGUCUUUCUUCCUGACUCGCGGCAAUCAUGAGACCGAUGAUAUGAAUAAAGUUUAUGGGUUCGAGGGAGAAGUAAAGACCAAGUUCUCCCAGCAGAUGUUUGACUUGUUUUCGGAAACAUUUGCGAAACUGCCUCUGGCUCAUGUGAUCAAUAAGAAGAUUCUCGUAGUGCAUGGAGGUUUGUUUAGUAAAAAUGAUGUGACUUUAGAGGACAUCAGGAAAAUCGAUAGAUUUAAAAAAAGGCAGCCAGAUUCCGAAGGAAUAAUGUGUGAACUGCUGUGGUCUGAUCCUCAAUUGAUGCCUGGUCGUGGUCCUAGUAAAAGAGGAGUUGGCAUACAGUUUGGGCCCGAUGUAACAGAGGAUUUCUUGAGACGCAAUAAUCUAGAUCUUCUUAUUCGUAGUCAUGAGGUGAAGGAUAACGGCUAUGUUGUAGAGCACAAUGGAAAAUGUAUUACAGUGUUCUCUGCCCCUAAUUACUGUGAUACUAUUGGAAACAAAGGCGCCCUUAUAAACAUUACUCCGGACUUGGAACUGGACUACACAACAUUUGAGGCUGUG